UUCGUGUGUUUAUUUAUCGUGUGUUUUUGUUAUACCUCGUAUUAUUUUUUUUUGUACUACUAUGUUAUUGAUUACUGCAUUGUUGGUUUUAGGGAUUGCAAGAAAGGCAUUUCACUGUGCACGGGAAAUUAAAACUCAAAACUAAGCGUCCAAAAAAAACUGUGACCCGUAACCCGGAAGUACUUAUUUCAUCUUGCCAGUUUAACAGCGGUGAAAAUCAAAACAACGCCUUUGAAAAGCUUUUAUUUUAUAGCUUUUACAGAUACAUUUCUCAAAUAUCAGCUGCUAUUUUCUCGAUGGCGUUGGAAACUUGUCCUAAGGACCUCCGCCAUUUGCGGGCAUGUCUUCUGUGCUCUCUUGUGAAGACUAUUGACCAGUUUGAAUAUGAUGGCUGUGACAACUGUGAGUCGUACCUUCAGAUGAAGGGGAAUCGAGAGAUGGUCUAUGAGUGUACAAGUUCCUCGUUUGAUGGGGUCAUAGCUCAGAUGAGCCCCGAGGACAGCUGGGUGGCCAAGUGGCAAAGAAUCAGUAACUUCAAGCCUGGUGUCUAUGCUGUGACGGUGACAGGGAGGUUACCUCCAGGGGUGGUGAGAGAGCUGAAGAGCAGAGGAGUGAUCUACAAAUCCAGAGACACCGCUGUUAAGACAUAAGCUGUGGAGACUGAUGUCGCUAAUGGGUCUUAUCUGUUUGCCGAACACAAGUGCAAAGUCUGAUUUUCGUUACGUGUAAUGUCUCAUAGAACUGUCUUGUUUAAUUUGGGUAUUGUGUCGAUGUUGUUUUCAAUGGGAUGGGUUCACUCUGCUAGAAUAGACAUUCUCAUAUGCUAUAAUUAAAAUAAAAUAAAAAACAAAAAAUAGUAUUUACAAACCUGGAGUGUAUUUAUCAUAAUAAACUCUACAUUUUUUUAUAAAAACAA